AUGGCACCUCAUGUGGGUAACCUCUCUUUCCUCUCCGUCCUCAACCUCACCCUCACCAAUCUUACUGGACCGAUUCCAGCUGAACUUGGUAGGCUACAUCGUCUUACAUAUCUCGGACUUAGAGGGAAUAGUCUAUCAAAUGCCAUACCUACUACCCUAGGCAACCUCACAAGGCUCGAGAUCCUUAGUCUAGGUUCCAACCAACUCUCAGGGCAGAUCCCUCCUAAGAUGUUAUUGUAUAUGUACAACCUUAAAAAAAUUAAUCUGCUUGGAAAUGACUUGAGUGGCCAAAUACCACCAUAUUUGUUCAACAACACUCUAUCAUUGACGUACAUCCAUUUUGCAAAUAACAGUCUGUCAGGUCCUAUACCACAUUCUGUUGCAUCCCUAUUUAUGCUCGAGUUCUUUAGCCUUGAGUUUAAUCAACUCUCCGGUCUAGUGCCACAAGCCAUGUACAAUAAGUCUAGACUGCAAGCCAUAUGGCUCGAAAAAAAUGAUAACCUAACUGGAAUUUUUCCGAACAAUCAAAGUUUCAACCUCCCAAUGUUGCAAUUUAUUUCAUUAUCAAGUAACAAAUUUACUGGUCGGUUUCCAUCAGGGCUUGCAUCAUGUCAAUACCUACAAGUACUUGAUUUUUCUGCAAAUUCUUUUGUGGAUGUUGUACCAACAUGGUUGGCCAAAUUGCCACGCCUUGAAGUGCUUGAGUUGGGUUCUAAUAAGCUUAUUGGCUCAAUCCCAGCUAGUCUAAGCAAUCUCACCAGUCUUUCUAUAAUAGACAUGCCCUACAACAACCUCACAGGGGAGAUUCCGCCAGAAUUAGGUCUUAUACAGGAACUCUCACAUUUGUAUCUUGGAACCAAUCAGUUGACAGGGAAAAUUCCAGCUUCCCUCGGCAACUUAUCCAAAUUAUCUUACCUAGCUUUGGAAAUGAAUCAAUUGUCCGGCCAAGUACCAACUGCACUUGGAAAAAAUGCAGCUUUGAACAAUCUCGAUUUGAGAUAUAACAACUUAGAGGGGAAUCUAGACUUCUUAUCAGCUCUGUCCAAGUGCAGAAAGCUCCAAUUCCUUUGGUUAGGCGCUAAUUCUUUCACAGGCGUCCUCUCCGGCCAUGUGGGAAACCUCAGUUCACGAUUAAUAUUUUUUAAUGUAGGUGACAACAAGUUAAUAGGUGGGCUCCCGGUAGAAAUCUCAAACAUAAGCAGCCUUGAAAGACUAGGUGUAGAAAACAACCUGUUAACCGGGCCAAUCCCAGAAUCCAUAGCUAUGUUGGAAAAUCUUGGAUGGCUUGAUCUGUCAGGUAAUGACAUGUUAGGCCCUAUCCCAGCACAAAUGGGUUUGCUCGGAAGUCUAGAGCGGCUUUCUUUCCAUGCAAACAAAUUAUCAGGAUCUAUACCAAGUAGCUUUGGAAAUCUUAGUUUGUUAGAAAACAUCGACUUGUCUAAUAACCAGUUAAGUUCAAUGAUACCUGCAAGCCUUUUCCACCUAGAUAAACUUAUCACACUAGAUAUUUCUCACAAUUACUUUGUUGGUGCACUACCAGUCGAUGUUUCAGGUCUAAGACAAAUAUACCAAAUGGACAUUUCUUCCAACUUCUUGAUAGGAAGCAUCCCAGACUCAUUGGGACAACUUAGUAUGCUAAUCUACCUAAAUCUAUCGCAUAACUCCUUCAAAGGAUCAAUUCCAGGCCCACUCAAAAAGUUAAGAAGCUUAGCAUCAUUAGACCUAUCCUUUAACAAUCUCUCUGGUAGCAUUCCCACAUUCCUUGCCAACUUUACAUACUUGACUACCUUGAACCUCUCAUUCAAUAGUCUAGAAGGCCAAAUACCCGAGGGAGGUGUUUUCUCAAAUCUCACAUUAGCUUUUGGCGCCUUUGCCAUUUCCGUAUACCUAUUGUUCGGAAAGAAACCUAAGGGGGGAGAGGACAAACAUUUUGUCAAUGCAAAUGAUGUCAUAGGCCAUCAGAUAGUCUCCUAUCAUGAGCUCAUUCAUGCCACCAAUAAUUUCAGUGAAGGUAACAUCUUGGGAUGCGGAAGCUUUGGAAAAGUAUUCAAAGGCCAACUAAGCACUGGUUUGGUAGUCGCUAUAAAAGUUAUUGACGUGCAGCUAGAGCAUGCCAUUCGAACUUUUGAUGCCGAGUGUCAAGUGCUUCGUAUGGCGCGACACCGCAACCUCAUAAAGAUACUCAACACAUGUUCCAAUCUUGAUUUCAAAGCGCUAGUGCUUCAAUACAUGCCAAAUGGCAGCUUGGAGAUGCUCCUACAUCAGACCAAGAGUACAGUGCGCUUGGGAUUCCUUGAGAGAUUAUGCAUCAUGCUAGACGUGUCGAUGGCAAUGGAUUAUCUACACCAUGAGUACUGCAAUUUGAUCUUGCACUGUGACUUGAAGCCUAGCAACGUGUUGUUCGAUGAGGAGAUGACGGCGCAUGUGGCGGACUUUGGCAUUGCAAGGUUGAUUCUAGAUGACAACAGCAUGACAUGUGUGAGCAUGCCUGGAACAGUUGGGUACAUGGCACCUGGUAUGCAGUUAGCUAUCUCUCGUUAUCUUGUUCAGUUAUGGAAUCAUGCUCCUUGA